AUGGCAGCUGUGAUUGCUUCUUGCUGUAGUUUAGGGAAGAAGUUGACACACUGUAUAAUGGCUGCUGUCUGCCUCCCAAAUUCCAGAACUCAUUUGGUGCUCUGGAGAAGGGAUUGUUUACAAUACAAACAGGUCACUGGCAAUGAGGAUCUGCCUCUUCUGUCCCAAUUUGUUUCUCCAUUUACGGGAUGCAUUUAUGGAAGGCAUAUAACAGGUCUUUAUGGGAAGAAACAAAAAGAAAUUACAAAAGUGAUUAAGAGAGCUCAAAUAAUGGGGUUUAUGCCACUUACAUACAAGGAUCCUGCAUAUCUCAAAGACCCUAAAGUUUGUAACAUCAAAUAUUGGGAAUAA